UGCAGCACACGCACACGCGGAGCGAGUGCUGCUCUUUUAUCUCCACCUGUUCAACAGCUGUGCCCGCGCGCUCCGCUCCCUGCAGUUGCUUUUUGUCUGCGCGUGCCAGAGAGAGAGCUCAGCUUUUACGCACAAAGUGCCGCGAAGCAGCCUCACAUGACACCGCCGCAGCUCAGCGCAGGCUCCGGCUGGCCGCCCUUAGCCGCUGCUCAAUGAAGGGAUUACCCGCUCACUCGCCUCAUCUCGCGGAUGCUUUUGCGCAGAAGCUCCCCUCAUCAGCCGUCCGUCUCUGCGAUUCUAUGGUCACCUCGCUAGGACUGCGGGCACUGAUCGUCUAUCAUGCCGAGGGCGCUGAUCUGAGAGCAUCUCAGGAUUCAGUGGACGCGCAUCUGGCCGUCUGGAGAGGUCUUCACUUCCAGAUCGGAGCCAACAUUGUGGGGCUUGAAGUCAUGGUGUCCACGGCACCGUGAGAACUUUACUACUCAUCUUUCACCCCUCCGGUUUUUUAGUUUUAAAUGUUCAUCAGCGGGAUCGUGCUUCCUCGGGAAAUUCUCCACCGUUUUCCCCUUCAAUUAUGUUCACUUUUGCCGCUUUCUGCUACAUGCUGUCUCUGGUCCUCUGUGUGUCACUUAUAUUCUUCGCAAUAUGGCAUAUAACAGCUUUUGAUGAGCUCCAGGCUGACUUUAAAGUGCCGAUCGAUCAAGGCAAUCCACUCCAUGCGAGGGAGAGACUGCGAAACAUUGAAAGGAUCUGCAACCUGCUGAGGAAGUUGGUGCUGCCAGAAUACUCCAUCCAUGGGCUGUUCUGCAUAAUGUUCCUGUGUGCCCAGGAGUGGCUGACUGUGGGCCUUAACAUACCCCUCCUCUUCUACAACACAUGGAGGUACUUCCAUUCCCCGACGGACACUAAGGAGCUGAUCUAUGACCCAGCAUCUGUGAUGAAUGGCGACACGCUCAAGUUCUGCCAGAAGGAGGCAUGGUGCAAGCUGUCCUUCUUUGUCCUGUCCUUCUUCUACUAUCUCUACUGUGUGUGGAACCUGGAAAUAUCCCUCUAUUAGGUCUUAUCAGUGGAAACACUUAAAGUAUGAUCUAUUCCUUGGUUACCUCAUAACAACUGCUUUCUUAGCAUCUGAGGACAAGCGUCGCCGCCUACGGACCCAUUUGAUACAGCAGAUGGUGCUGGUGUAGAAACGUAAUGAUAAGAACUUUUUUUUUUUUUUUUCUCUCUGGAGCCAAACAAUGAACUCAGCUGGAGCCAAAGCUUCUUUUUAGCUUCGCCCAGCCCCAAACAGAAGACGUGUUUUAUUUUUGACCGUAUAUAAAAACACUUGAUUAAAUCUGCUGUUUACAGUUUGCUCAUAGCAAGACCCGAGUUAUACACUGCCUGGCCAACGUUUGUAAGACACACAUACACAAAUAUAUACAUACAUACUAUAUAUAUAUAUAUAUAAAGACACUUUCUUCUCUGCUGUGCUGCCAAGCUUGCUGCACACCGGCACCAGCGCUUCCCCAGAGGACGUACAGUACAGUAGCAUUUGCACAGUUUGUCUCAGGCACAGCACAAUGAAGCACUGUCCAGACCAGUUCUCCUCACCUCACCCACCGUAGCUUCUCUUGAGUCCCCAGCGAAGGACCGAUGGGCAAGCAAGCAAACGGAUCACACUGUUCGAAGAGGAGGGGCGAGCUCGGGGAACAAUGAAGAACUGGAGCAAAGAGUUCUCCGUGUUUUCCCCCAGAGAACACGCACAGUCCCGGGACUACGGGAUUUUAUUUCCAACUUUACCUAAAUGGCUUUUGUGACAUGUGCAUUUUGGUGUAUUCUUUAAUCAAAAGGCAUUUCUGUUUCGUUAAUGGCAAAGGUAUUCUACUCAGCAAAUGCCUCUUUGAUGUUGUCUUGGUGUUGUUCUGUUGUGGGAAAACUUCAACUAAAAACCAGAACCUGUGGAAAGCUUCUGUAGUAGAAGAGCACAUGUUCUUUGCACAAAUAGUUAACUUGCUCUUGCACAAUACUGGCAAUAUCUGCUUCAGACAGUAGAGAUCAUAUAUCAUAUUUUGACUUCACAGGUGAAGGUCUUCCAACAUGUAAAGUACCCAGCCUUGUCUGAACACAGGGAAACAAUGUGAAUCUUUUCUAGCUCUCUUGGACCAAAAUGUUGUAUUUGAUUAUUUAAACCUAUGAAUUUAUGCCUAUUUAUGAGAUGCCGAUGGUUUCAACUUUCUUUAAAGACUUUAACUUUAAAAGUGGGAAUAAUGUUAUCAACUUUCAAAUAUUUCAGGAUAUAUGGAAUGUUUUUAGGAGCCCACUGAUAAACUUUCAGAUAAUAAUUUGAAUGACUAAGAUGGAACUCUUAGCGGGACAGGUGUUUGAACCAGGAUUUCCAUAUGUAGCUCAGCCUCCAAGCCACCAGGCUGCUCUUUAAACCUUCACCACCAUUACCUGCCAGGUGUUUCUGUGUGGUCGCAGAGCAGAAAGGAAUGCCCCCUUCUUCUUUUCUUCUAACUUGAGCAUUUUCUAUUCUAAGUGUGUAUGUAUGUGACCAAAACGGUUGAAUUUAGAUAUUGUUUAUGAAAUAAAGUAUUUUAAAAUCUAA